AUGCCGAGAGCGUUCGCAGAAUGGGAAUGUCAUCCGCCGAAUCUAAAGCCAGGUCUUUCCAAUCGAUACCGCAACGUAGUGCCACUUCCAAACGGCACGAACGGCACGAGCCGUACGCCGGACGGAGUCAGUGGUCCUCACCCUGUGGGUGCAGAAUACCGACACUUGAACGGGAACCCGCGUUCAAGCUGGUCGUCCAGCGCAGAGGCUCAGAUUCCGCCUGGCUCUGGUCAGUCGCCGCUCUUGACAGCUCAUGCGCAGCCAGCACGGCAUGCACGGCAAAGAGCCACGUCGAAGGAUGAAUCGCAGAUGGAAGCCCAAGAUGGAAGGAGCCAGGCCUCUGGGUCCGAAGUACCCAUUUCUGCCGAUGCAGAUCCACCUGAACAGAAGGUGCGUGGUCCUCCGCAGCCAGCCAGGACUUUGCCGGCUGAUUUCCUGCUGGGUCGCACCAAAAACAAUGAGGACCCAACCUGGCCUUGUCAAGAUCUGUGUGGGAUCUUUGGGAGAAAGGAUGACAGGUUUGGGGCUUUGGGGUUCAGGUUUUGGGUUUCAGGCCUGCUUGGGAAAGCCGAGCUGCCGAAGCCGAACACAGAGCUUUGCGGAUGGCGCGCGAGGUCAUCGAUGAGAUGCGAAGUCCGUUCUCGAAGGCACGGGAGCCGGCCGUAA